AAGCCACCGACCCACCUGCGCUUCCGAGCCCGUCGAGAGUCGCCGUCGCUCUCAUCGCGUUGCACCAAUGGCGAUCUUGGCCGGCCUCCUCGCCCUCCUCGCCGCCGCGCUCCGGCGCCUCCUCCGCUGCCCCGCGCCCGUACCAGCAGUGGGGUUCUUCCACCCGUACACCAACGAUGGUGGUGGCGGGGAGCGCGUGCUCUGGUGCGCGGUGCGCGCCGUGCAGGAGCUCCGCCCGGGCCUCCCCUGCGCCGUCUUCACCGGCGACGCCGACGCCUCGCCCGACGGCCUAGCAGCCCGCGCGCUCGACCGGUUCGGCGUCCGCCUUCUUCGCCCGCCACAGGUUUUUCACUUGAAUAAGAGAAAGUGGAUCGAAGCAAGCACUUAUCCCCACUUCACAAUGAUUGGCCAAAGUUUUGGCUCAGUUUAUCUGGCAUGGGAGGCGCUCACUAACUUUACCCCCCAGUUCUACUUUGAUACGAGUGGCUACGCUUUUACAUAUCCACUAGCUCGGCUGUUUGGUUGUAGAGUCAUCUGCUACACUCAUUACCCUACAAUCAGUUCUGAUAUGGUUGGACGUGUUAAGCAGCGCAGUUUUAUGUACAAUAACAACUCUCGUAUCACAGGAAGCAUUUGGAUGUCACGAUGCAAAAUCCUCUACUAUACUGUAUUCAGUUGGCUAUAUGGUCUGGUGGGUUCGUGUGCACAUCUUGUAAUGGUUAAUUCCUCAUGGACGAGGUCCCAUAUUGUAAAUAUUUGGAAGAUCCCAGAGCGUACUAGGAGGGUGUACCCUCCAUGUGAUACUUCUGCUCUUCAGAUGCUUCCCCUGGAAAGACCGACAACGCCUCCUAUUCUUAUAUCAGUUGCACAGUUCCGCCCAGAAAAGGCGCAUGGUCUUCAGCUGGAGGCAUUUGCACUUGCUCUUCAAAGGCUAGACCCUGACUUUCCUAAGCCAAAGCUUCAAUUUGUCGGUAGUUGCCGGAAUAAAGAGGAUCUGGAAAGACUACAAAAGCUUAAGGACAGAUCUACUGAACUACACAUAGAUGAGCUUGUGGAGUUUCACAAGGAUAUCUCUUACAGGGACUUGGUACAGCUUCUUGGAGGUGCCAUUGUUGGGCUCCAUUCCAUGACAGAUGAGCAUUUUGGAAUUAGUGUUGUUGAGUACAUGGCAGCUGGAGCUAUUCCAAUUGCUCAUAAAUCCGCGGGACCAAUGAUGGACAUUGUACUAGAUGAGGACCGCCAUCAAACAGGAUUUCUAGCCUCCGAGAAGGAAGAAUACACUGAGGCAAUUAACAAGGUCUUGAGGAUGCCAGAGCCAGAGAGGCAAGAAAUGGCAGCUGCGGCACGGAAGCGUGCUCAAAGAUUUUCAGAACAAAGAUUCCAUGAAGAUUUCACUGAGGCUAUCUGCCCAAUUUUGUUAGCGGAAGCUUGACAAGCCGCUGUUUUCUCAAACAAUCAGAAAGCACUAACAGUUUGCACAUGAUAAAGUGAUUCUAUCUUCUGAGACUGAAAGCUGUAUCUUGCUUGCGUACUGCAUAUGCAGAGUUUUGGUUUGAGCUGUUCCUUUUUCUAGAUGGCUGAAAUGUGCAUUAUGUACCACCACUGUAAAGAAAACAGAUCGCAGAAAUGAUAUCGUUCACUUUGUAUGGUACUUUGAUUAGCAACAAAACAGUGACGAAAUGGCGAUCACGGAUUCACGGCCCA